AUGGCUAGAGAACCUCAUACAUGGUGCAGUGCAUUUUUUGGUAGUGGUUUGGCAUGUGAGUCUGUAGAGAAUGAGAUAGCUGGGUGUUUUAAUGCAGUCAUUUUAGAUGCUAGAAAGAAGCCUCUUUUGGCUAUGCUUGAAGAAAUAAGACUCUACAUGAUGGAAAGGUUCUACAACUUAAGAGAGGAAGCACAGAAAUUAGAAGGUGAUGUGUGUGAAGCAGCACUUCUAAAGAUGGAGGAAUUUGCUGAGGAUAGAAGGACUUGGUAUGCAGUGCCAAGUGGUGUUAAUUCAUAUGAAAUUAGGAAUGGCUUUCAAAGUUAUGGAGUUGAUUUGGAACACCAUUACUGUAGCUGCAAACUGUGGGAUAUAGCAGGGAUACCUUGUGUGCAUGCACAGGUAGCAAUCUUAUACACCAACCAAGAUCCAAAGGAAUUCAUUAGCACUUGGUUCAGCAAGAGUAAUUAUAUGGCUACAUAUCAGUCUAACAUACUUCCAGUUAAUGGAAGUAACUUGUGGGAAGAAACUGGCUAUACCAAGCCCCUUCCACCUACAGCUAGGAGGAUGCCAGGACGACCCAGUGUCAAAAGAAGGAGACAUUCGAAUUACACUACACAAGAGAUUUUAGACUGUCUUGGAAUCAAUGAGGAAGAAUUAUAUGAAUUUGAGGGUCUAAAACAUGUACCUGUGAAUCUUAAUAUAUCACAGGGUUUUGAAUUUCCUAGCCACUUGACUGUAGAAACUUUGACUGAGAAUGAAGAGGAUUUGGAACAAGAAGAUCACGAAUCAAGAAUCUAA